AUGCCACAAGGCGCAAGCUCCGUGGAGUGCCUUCUGGCACUGUGUCUGGUGCUGCAGCUGGGUGUCCGGGCACUGCCCACCAUUCAGGGCAACAAGGCCACCAACUAUCUGCAGCAGCAGCAGCAGCAGCAGCAGCAGCAGCAGCAGCUGGACAAGAGCUUCUUUCAGCCGCCAGAGAUCGAGCAGACGAUCGAUGAGGUGCAAAAGAUAUUGGCCAAUGAUCCGGCACUGCCACGACUGACGCGAGGCGAGAUCGAGGAGCUGUACGAGAAGGUGACGCGCGAGGAGUACGAGAAAAGCAUCGAGGCGGGCGACAUGAGCCGGGCGGACAGCAUGCGGGCCCUGAUGCUCGUGCUGCCCUUCAACACGGACAACAACACCGAGGAGAAUCUGCAGGAGCUGUACACCCGGCCGCCCGUCACGCGGGUCAUCGAUGCGUACACCCCGCCGGAUCCGAUUAAGUUCCUCACACCCGAUCCGAAUGCCGUGCCCCGGAGCACGGUGCCCGGCGGCAAUCCCCGGGUGGCAGCCACCACCUACAAGCCGGCCUAUGCCGGGCCCAUCUCUCCAGCCCAUUCCCAGAUCAAACAGGAGCAGCAGCAGUUCCAACCAAUGCCCUCGGCCACCACAUAUCAUCCGCCAGCGCCACCGCCAGUGAUGUACCAGGACUUCCAGCCGCUGAUCACCACUCCGGCCGCAUCUGUGGCGGCUGCUGUGGGUCCCUCCGGCUCGCAGCGCUUCAGCUCCCACUACAGCGCCAAGAAUGCGCAGUUCCUGCGCAAGCGGAAGCCCACAUCGAGCACGGUCAAGCCCGUGGCCGAUAUACUCGAGAGCCUGGGCAUUGUGUCCGGCCACCAGGCGAAGGAGAGCGAUUCGACCCACAAGCGGUACGCCAUGGACGACUACUAUCCGGCGGAGAGCGCACCACAGCCCUCGGUGGUGGCGGUGGCCGAUCUGCGCGGCCUCCAGGGCGCACGCAUCCGGCCGGAUGCCUACUCCAACUUCAAGCCCCUCAACAUUGGGGAGGAGCUGCGGGCGAAGCCCGAGGUGGAGGGCUACCUCACGCGCUUCGGCAUCGUCAAGAAGGCGCCCAAGUCGCUGAAAAAGAGUGCCCUGCCCACGGAGGAGCCGGCGGGCGCCCACACGGAGCUCUCGACGGCCACGGCACGUCUGCCGCCCCAAAGCAACGCAGAGCUGGCGAAACUGCUGGAGAAUCUGCAGGAGUUGGAGCGCCUACAGUCGCAGCCCAAAAGGAAACAGGCUGCACCCAGCACCACCAAACCGAGCACCACCAGCACAAGCACCACCACCAGCACCACCACGACAACGACAACACCAGCGCCAGUGCAACUCAUCACCCAUGGGGAGCCGCUGCUCAUUGAGGCCAAGAAGCCCAGGAGACGCAUCGAUCCCAACAUUGACAUUAAUUUCGCGAAUGCAGGCAACCAGCAGCCCACGGCCCACCGCACGGAUGAGCUGUCGAAGCUGCUGCAGAAUCUGCAGGAGCUGGAAAAGCUGAAAAUCAAUCCGGAGAACGUGCUGAAGGCGACCAGCAGCAAUCCGGGCACACAGACACUGAGCAAUCGCUUCUCCACGACCUCGACCACCAGCACCAGCACAACGACUCCGCCGCCGCCGCCACGGACUACACCAGCCAGCGAUGCACGCGAUUUGCAGCUGAUCUUGCGGCAGUUGCAGCAGCUGGAGCGGAUGAGAGCCCCAGCGACCAGCAGCAGUACGACCGUGAAGCCUGAGCCCGGUCUCGAUUUGGGUUUUUGGCUCAAUCAGGCCAAUUCGCUGGGCGCCGCAGAUCUGCUGCAGCUGCAGCGUCUCCUCAGCGACGAUCGGGAGCUGGAGAAGCUCUACGAGCAGGCAAGAAGCACCAAAAGGAAGCAGCCAAAGAGCACCAGCACCAGCACCACCCCGAGCACGAGCACCACAACGAGCACGAGCACCACAACGAGCACCAGCACCACCACAACACCGCCGCGCACCACCAAGGCAGCAGCGGUGGACCAUGCCCAGUUCGAGGCGCUUAUCACGAGGGUGCAACAGCUGGAGCGGCUGCAGCAGCCCAAGCCAACGACGCCGAACUUCCUCACCCGAAAUGUGGCCGGAUCGGAGGCCAUUGCAGGCCUGCCCAGCAACGACUUUGCCCAGCUGCAGCAGCUCUCGCCCACAACGACGACGCCGUUUGGCCAGGUGGAGAUCUCGACGGCCGCGUCCACGUCCAAGCAGCGACCGCUGAGCCACUUCGAGCGGAGCAACGGACUGCUGCAGGAAGUGCAGCCGCAGGACUACGUGCAGCUGCAGAAGCUGCUCAGCAAGGUGCAGGAGCUGGAGCGAGUGCAGCUGCAAACGGACCAGCACCAGACACCACAGACACAGCCACAGCCACAGCCACAGCUGGCCACCGCCGCCUCGGUGCGCACGCCCAAUGUGAAGAGUCUGAAUGGGGCGCACAUUGUGUAUGCGCAGUCCGUGGCGGAGGUGCCAGAGUUGGCAGAGCCGGAGCUGAAGCUGGAUCUGCCAGUGUACCAGAAGCCAGCAGCCACCGCUCACCAGAGCUCCAGCGAGGAGCUGCGCGAGCUGGCCAUGACACAGCCGGCACAUCCGCAAAGGGGACUAGCGGCCAUCGACCAGGACUUUGGCCAGCAGUUUCAGCAGUUCUUUGGCCAUCUGGAGGACACGGGCGAGCGUCAGAGCUACCACCAAAUGCAGCCCAUCUACAAGACGCCCACGGCAACGCCCAGACCGCUGGCGGUGACAGUGACACCGUCAGCGCCACGAUUUGUGCCGGCCAGGAGCCGGCCCCAACUGCAUCCCCAUCCGACGACACCCGGCCCCAGGCAGGCCAAUCUCGAGGAGCUGCAGAAGCUGCUGUACAACACCCAGCAGCUGCAGAAGCUGGGCGUGGCCCUGCCCCAUGAACUCUCGCAGCAGCUCGAGAGCCAGCUGCAGUCGACGACGACAACGACCACGACGACGACGACGACGACUACGACGCCAGCACCGCAGCAGAUGGUGGACUCGUCCUCGCCGGCGGUCUUCUCGCUGACGACCAUCAAGCCGGCCUCGCCGCGGCCACGACGCCCAGCGACGCACACGACGGAGAGCAGCCUGGAGCUGCCGGUGUUCAGUGCCACCAAAAUCAUAGAGGCGGCCAUCAAGCGAGCGGCCAACCGGAUUGGUGUGUCCACCGAGCAGCCCCUGCCAUUGGCGUCCAUGCCCCUGGGAAUGGGCAUGGGACAGGGAUUCCGACGACGCAGCGACGAUGAGGAUGCUGCGGCCGAAGAUCUCGACAUGCAGGCGGGUGAGGCUGAGGGUGUCCUCGAUGGUGACCUAAUGGCCGAGUUCAGUGAGCUCAACUAUCAGCUGGCAAAGCCGGAGCAGCAGCCGGAGCAGGAGCAACAGCCGGAGAAGCGGGAGACGACGAACCUAAGCGAACUGCAGCGUUUGAUUAGCAAUCUGCAGCAGCUGCAGCAGCUCAAUGUGAGCCUGGACAAGGUGCAGGCACAGCCUCAGCCGGCACAGUCCGAGGAUGUUGCCUACCUGCAGUCGCUGCAGGAUGGCCACAACAAUUCAACCUUCAAGUCGAGGCGCCAAAGCGAAGCCAACACCACCACAGCGAAAGUAGAGGCAGCGGAGGAGGAGGGCAGCACCACCCAAGCACCCACACGGAUCAGCCUGAGUCUGGGACUGGACGAUGGCGACAUGGACACAGGAUCCGCCAUGGAAUCAGCAGCCCCCCAGCCAUCGGCAUCGCCAUCGCCAUCCCCAGCCGAGUCGGGCAACAGCGCCACGGAGGAGUCACGCAAUGGCUCGCUCGAUGAUCUGGCGGACUCGUUUGGGCCGGAUCCGGUCACCGAGGAUCCGCCGCCAGCAAAGAAGAAGAACGGCUUCUACUUCCUGGCCGACUGGAACUCCUUCCUUGAGGUCGGCGACGGCGACGAUCAGGUGGUGGUGCGCCUGAGUCCCAAGAUUGGCGAUCCGCGCCUCUUUCUGCCCGUCAAGAUCCCCUAGACAACAAAAAAAAAAAAACAAAAAAUAAACU